GAAAUAUCCAUUACCUUCAAAUCCUAGAGAGAGGGUAAGAUAGAGAGAGAAGAUGGUUGGUGGAGAGAGAAGAAGAUGCAUCUACAGAGAUGUAUUACCAUUUGCAGCAAUGGUGAUGGUGGAGUUCAUGAUUGUCGGUGGCAACACUCUCUUCAAAUCUGCAACUGCUCAAGGAUCCAUCAAUUCUUAUGUCUUCACCUUCUAUGUCUUCCUCCUUGGCUUCUUCUUCCUCUUGCCUUGCCUUUUCAUCCUCAACAGAAGAACAACCAUUCCACCCAUCAAAUUCUCAAUUGUAGUGAAAAUAUUUCUGCUUAGUGUGCUCAUGUACUUGUCACAAGUAUUUGGAUAUAUCGGUCUAAAGUACGGUUCUCCGACUCUAUCGUCGAUCAUGAGUAACCUUUCUCCUGCGUUUACGUUCAUGCUGGCAUUCUUCUUCAGGAUGGAAACGAUAGAUUUCCGAACUUAUACAACUCGAGCAAAAGUUACAGGAACGAUAGUGUCGAUAGCAGGUGCACUUGUAGCAAUGCUUUAUAGUGGUCCAACGCGUUCAACAUACUCGUUUAGCCUAAACUCGGUCAUUGGAGGCGUUUUACUUGCAAGUCAAUACUUCUUAGUUGCCUUCGCUCUCGUUGCUCAGGCAAAAAUAAUGUUGUCGUAUCCGAUAGACAUCAUGGUGGUGUUCGUGUUCAGCGUAAGUGGAUUGUUUGUAGCGGGACUUGCAGGGUUAGUCAUGGCUAGAGAUUCGGAUGCUUGGAAGCUAAAACUCGAUGUCAUUUUGGCCACUACGCUAUACAUGGGGUUUACUUCUGGAUUUUUGACUGUUGUAAUACAAAUUUGGACAUUACGCAAGAAAGGGCCGGUCUAUGUAGCCAUGUUCAAGCCGUUAACAAUUGUGAUAGCGAUCGUAAUGGGUGUCUUGUUUCUCGGUGAUUCACUACAGUUUGGAAGUGUCGCAGGGGGGAUGAUAAUAACAAUAGGGUUUUAUGGGGUGGUGUGGGGUAAAGCCAAAGAGGAAAGUGGACCAUCGGCUCAGACCACCGUCCCUCUCCUCCAACCACAUCAUGCCAUUGAAGAUGGUGGUUCAAUCGUUUUUUGAACCUUUUUGGUUUUUUAGGUGUUAUUAAAUAAACAAUUGUUUAAUUAAAUGAAUAUAUAUUACAGUACGUUUCCCCCUUCUAAAGAUUCGUUGAAAUAAAAUUACAAUUUUUAUUUAUAUGGUUUAAAA